AUGAGCGGCGAGCAAUUCUGCUCGGAGCACACGUGGAGCAUGGCGGACUUCGAGGCGCAGCUCGAGGCCGAGCGCUGCGCUGUCAUGAGGGCCAAGGAAGAGAACCAAGUGCUCAUGGGAAAGCUGCACGAGAUCGUUUCACGCUACAAGCAGCUUCAGAAGAGCCAGGGCGACGGUGUGCUGCGGACGCGUUUGGAAACGCUGGAAAAGGAGAAGGACGACUUGAUCGGGAAGCUCAAGACGCUCGUCGCCAAGUACCGCGAACUCCAGAAGCAACAGUCCGACAAUGGCGAUGCAUCGGCCCUCGCAGACCGCGUCCAAGCCCUCGAGCUCGAACUCGCGCACGAGAAGAUGCGCAACGACGGAACCGACACGAGCCCACUCUACGACGAAGUCAAGAAGAAGGAAGCUGAGAAGGUGGAGGUCGUCACGAAGCUCCAAGAGGUGGUCCAGCGCUACCGUAAGCUUCAGCAGUUUGUUCAGGAGACGCAAGCAACGGCCGACGCCUCGGCCGCCCGCGUUACAGAACUUGAAGAAGCGCUGGCCGCCAAGGACGAGGUGCAUCGCGUGGCCUUACGCGACCUCGAAAUGUCCGUGACGAACCAGCUCAUGGACGCUGUCAAGAGCAAGAUGGACACGAUCAACCUUCUCCAAGACGAGCUCGAGCAAGCGCAUGCGAACGAGCGCUCCAUGCACGAGCGGCAGCAAGAGCUCGAGGCCGCCGUCGACAAGCUUAACGUCGAGAAGGCGUCGCUCAAGGACGAGGUUGCGUCGACGCUAGCAGACAAGGCUGCGCGCGUUACAGAACUCGAGGCAGACUUUGCCGCGUUGCAGGCGGCCCAUGACGCGUCCGUCCAGCAACAUGAAGCCGACGCGGCGUUGGUCCAGCGCGAUGCUAGUGUGCGCGACGAGCUGGCGACAGCUCUCGAGGACAAGCUGCAGCAGCUUGUGACGCUCCAAUCUGCCUUGGACGACACAGUGGCGGCGAAUGCAGCGUCCGAUGACGAGCUGACUUCGUUGCGCGACACAAACGCUGCGCUGGAACGCCGGGCCGAGUCUGCAGAGGCGCGCAUUGCGGCAUUGGAAGCCGAGUGUGCGACGCUUCUGGGCGCCAAGAAUUCGGCUGAGACGGCGCUCUCCGAGGGCCAGAAGUCGUGGGUAGAGGCCAAGGCGGCCCUGGACGCGACAGUCACGUCGCUUGAGGCCCGCAUCCCCGAUGCAUCGUCGCAGCUCAGUGACAACUUAGCCCAAAUAGAGAAGGACUUGGCCGCGUCGCUCCAGCAGCUCGAAGCAGACCACGAUGCACUCCAGCAAGAGAAACGCGCCCUCGAGGGAACACUGCAAGUGCGGCAGAUGACGUUUGAGGCACUUCAGAUGCAGCUCCAGGACAUUGAAGCGACGAGGGCCACGCACGAGGCGUCGCAGUCGCAGCUCCACACCGAGUUCCGGUCGCUCCAGGCGUCGCACGAGGACCUUCUCGACGAGUCGUCCGCGCUCCGGGACGCCAAGACGACGCUGGAAGCGGACCUCAUGGCGGCAACACAGCUCGUCGCGUCACUUCAGAGCCAGCUGGCGGACCGAGACGCAGCCCUCGACGACCUCCGCGCGCGCCAAGAGGACCUUCUCGCCGAGCAGGCACGCAUCGAAGCCGACAAGGCAUUGCUCGAGGCAGCGCUCCGGACGCACGCCGACCGUGUCUCAUCGCUCGAAGCCCAGCUCGCAUCGGCCAUGUCGGACGGUGUGGCGUCCUACGAGGCGCUCAAAGCUGCCCACGACCAAGUGCUUGCUGAGAAGAAUGAGCUCGAAGACAAAUUGACCUCGGCCGAGGACGUGGCCGUCGCACUUGCUGAGAGAUCGGAGGCCUUGGUGCAGGCGACGAAUGAGCUCAAAGCCGUCAACGCGCGGAUCUUGGCUCUCGAAGCGCAAGUUGGCGAGUACGACACCGCGCGUGCGACGCUCCAAGCCAGCUGCAAUGCGCUCCUGGAGGAGAAGGCGGCGCUGACGGCGUCGCUGGCAAACACGACAGCCAUGUACGACGAUCGCCUCGCGUCGCUCCAAGCCGAGCUCGCGGCCGCGCUGAGUACCCACUCAGAGCUGGACGCAACGCACGCCAAGACGGCAGCGCUCCAGAUGCACCUCGAGGCCGAGUGCAGCCGGCUCCACGAGGCGUAUGUUACGCUCGAGAAAGACACGCAUCGUGAUGCCAAAUCUUUCCAAGUGUCGUUGGAAGCAAAGGCAACAGAGAUCGCGGGGCUGCAAAUGCAACUGCAAGACGCUCUGCGCACAGCUUCCGCGCACGAAAGCCUCGAAGCGGCGCUAACGACUCUUCGUGCGGCCCACGCGGACGUCGAGCGAGAUCUCGCGGCCAAAAUGACGCUUGUCGAGGACCUCGAGGCCAAGGUCGCGGACUUGGACGCGAUCAACGCGUCGCUCGAAGUGGCGCAAACCGAGAUGGCAGCGACGUUGGCGCAGCUCAAGCAGGAAAAGAGUGCCCUAGAAGCAGAGGUCAGCGCCAAGCAGAGCGCGAUCGGUCGCCUUGAAACCAAGGCAGCGCACUUGGACGAGGAGCUCACGACGGCACACGAAACGGCGCGCGCGGAACGCAAGGACGCGGCGGUCGCGCUUGCCAAGCUUGAGGCCGACUACGAGCACGCGCUGCAGGCCAAGGCCGACGACGACGAUGGCGCCAAGAACGAACUUGCUGCCCUUCUCCGGGAGAAAGCCGCGCAUAUCGCGGCGCUGGAAAGCAAUCUCGAGGGCGCACGCACCGAGGUCGAAGACGCCAAGCACGACAACGAUACCCUUCGCGACGAGUGCACCGCGUUGCGCGACGCUUCCCACGCCGCCGAGGCGGCCCACAAUGAGAAAAUUCAAGUGCUCGAGGCCGACGUGGCGACGAUGACGCAAAAGUGUUCGUCCUUUGUGGGCGAUCUCGUCGACGCCAAGAAGCAGCUGCGCACGGCACGCCAGACGGCGGACGCUGCCGACACGGAGCAUGCCAAGGCCGUACGCGUGCUGGAAGCCGAGGUCGCGUCGCUCCAGGCAAGUCUCGCGACGUCGCGUUCGGAACUCGACACGGCUCUUGCAGCCGCUGCCGUCAACGCAGUCACCGCCCGCAACGAGCUCGAAGCUCGGCAAAUCGCCCUCGAGGCCGAAGUCAGCGCUAAGACCGAAGCGUGCGCGACGCUAGAAGAUGCGCUCCAUGUCGCACAAGAUGACGCUCUCGUCGCCGCCCUUGAGGCCGAUGUGGCCGCCAAGACCGGCGCCUGUUUGGCACUGGAAGGUACACUCGCCAAGACAAACGCAGAGCUACAAGAUGCGCUGGCGGAGCUCGCGUCGAGCCGCAUGUCGUUCGAGGCGACGACCGCAGAGCUCGAUGCGAUGACGGCCUCCUGCGCGGCUCUCCGAGACGGAGUGCAGCAGGCACAAGACCUCGUGGCGAAAAAAACGGCGUCGCUUGAGGCCGUACAGGAAAAGCUGGCAUCCGCACUCUCGACGAACAACGAUCUGACGAAGCAGCUGGCUGCGACGACCGACCAAGUCGACACUCUGCAGCAGAAGGUCGAAGACGCAAAGGCAGAAGUGGCGACGCGCCAAGGCGACGCGCUCGAGCGCGCCCAAGCCGCCGAGGCUUCCCUGGAAGUUGCCACCGCUCGACACGAAGAAGCGCUCGCAGCUCAGUGCUACGCGACCGAAGCCGUCAAGGAGGAGCUUACGCACAAGAUUGGCAUGCUGAAAGCCCAAGUGGUGCAAGCCAAGGCCGACCUUGACGCUGCCAACGCCGAACUCGAGGCAGCGCACAGCGCACUUGAUGAAACAACGGCUGCACUCACGACUGCCAAGACAACGAGCGAGACUUUCGCUGCAUCGCUCGACGAGACGCAGCACUCUCUUCAAGCAGCAACGAGCGAAUGCUCGGACCUGUCGACUCAACUCGCGCGCGCGAACGAUGAGCUUGCCCAAGUGACUGCAUCGGCGCGCGAGGCCGAGGCAAAGCUCCUUGCGCUCCAUGAAGCGCACGAUCUCAAGUUCAGUGACCACGCGGUCAGCACGAACGAGCUGCGCGACGCUGUAAGUGCACUGGAAAGCGAGAAGGCGGUCCUAGCCGCCUCGAUUCAAGAUCUCGAAGGGCGCGUUGACAAAGCGAACGCCGGGCUGCAGGCAGCGAUGGCCGCCAAGGAAGCGUUGCAGUCGGAGCUCGAGACCGCCACGCAGGACGCGGAGCGUAUGGAGACUGCGUGCGCAGCGCUGGAAGCCGACAUGGCGACGACGCAAAGCACCAACGAGUCGCUCGAGUGGCAAAAGUCCGACCUCGAAGACGCGCUGCGGACGCUCCAGAAGGCACACGAAGCCCUAGAGAGCGAAAAGACAGCGCUCGUGCAGCAACUGUCAACGGUCGAAGGCCACGCAUCGGACCUUGCGACCGCGUCGGACGCCCUCGCGACGCUGCAAGCUUCCUUUGAUGCGCUCUCGGCGGACCAUACGGCGCUUCAGGACACUCUAUCGUUGACCAACACGACAGUCGCAGCGUUAACGGACGGCAUUGCGCUGCGCGAGCGUUCGGCGGCAGAAGCCAGCGCGGCAUGGACGGCCGAGAAGGAAGCGCUCAAUGCCCGUAUCGAGACGCUCGAGGUAAACGUACACGACAAGGAGGCGGCCUUGCGCACCCUCGAAGACGCAGUCGCGGCGUCCAAGGCGCAGUGCGAGGCUGCUGUUGCGCAAGCCGAGAGCAAGGCCGAGGGCAUGGAGCGGGCGCUGGCCGCAGCCGAAGACGCCAAGGACACACUCGCGCAAUCUCUGAAAGAAAAGCUCGAGGAGGUUCUGCGACGGUACAAGAAGCUCCAAGAGCAAGCCCUGGACCUCAAGGGUCGCUACGACGACAAGGUUGUCGAGGCCACGACAGCGUCAGACGCGCUCGCAAGCCUUACGACCGAGCGCGACGCGAUCACCAACCGUCACGCUCUGCUGGCCGACCAACACGAGGCGCUGCUCCAACAAGAGCGUGUGCAGGCAGCGCAAGUGGAGGCGCUAGUCGAGAAAGAGCAAGCGCAGUCGGCGGAGAUCGAGAAGCUUCGUGCGCAGAUUGCAGCGCUCGAAGCUGCGUCCUCCAACAUGGCCGCUGCCCACGAGCGCAGCCUCGCGAUUGCGUCCGAGGCAUCGACAGGGGCGACGGAGGAGCUGACGCGUCUCGAAGCGCUGGUGGCCGAGAAGACGCGUGCUUUGAACGAGCUAUCGUCGCAGAUGGUCGUCCUGCGUGUACGUUGCGAAGAGCUGGAAACGACGGCCAACAGCGACGCGACGGAACGGGCGGCGCUGACGGUGCGCGUGACGUCUCUCGAGAGCGCCGCUUUGAUGUCCGAGGCUGCGCUGGCGUCGUCGGAAGCUCGCGCCAAGCAAGUGCAGGCCCAGCUUGACGUCGAGAUCGAGGCGGCAAGCGAAGCUCGGGAGGCGCUCGAAGGCUACAAGCGGCGCGCCCACGUCGCGCUCAAGAAGGCGACCGUCGACAGCAAAACGUUCAACGACGAGCGCCAGUCGCUCCAAGACGAAAUCACGGCGCUGCACGCGACGAUCACGGACCUUCGUGCGUUGAACGCCAACGAAAGAGACGACUUUGGCCGGCAGCUCGCGGCUGCGGACGCCUCGCGCAGUGAGCUCCUUCAGCAAAUGGAGGCGAGUACACGCGACCUCCGUGACCAGAUUGCGGCGCUGAGUGCCCAAGCCGACGCCCGCGCGUCGAAUCACGAGUCGCAACAGGCGCAGUGGCAAGCCGCUUUGGACGAGCAGGAAGCCAAGACGCGGGUCGUGCGCGACGCAAACGCGAUGUUAGAGUCGUCGAUCGAGGGUCUCAAGAAGGAGAUUCAGGCCAAGACGGACGUGGCCCGAGAGAUGCUCAAGGUCAAAGACACGGAGAUCCACCAGCUCAUGCAGAGCUUGUCCGAGGCACCGCCGCCGGCCGUCCCGUCGGUCGACGCCGAGAUCCUCAACCUCGCUCGGGUGCGCUGUCUCUCUAUUCUGCGACAUCCUCCCACAACGUCACUGCAUUAGAUCCAGGCCUCGCACGAAGAGGAAGCGGCUCGCAUGCGUCGUCAGAUCGUCGAACUCGAAGAUCGCGCCGGUCGCGUCCAAAAGAAGUAUGAAGACACGCGCCGCCAGUUGGAGUCGAGCCAGCUCCAGCUUGCGCGCCACGAAGAACUCGGGGGCGGCCAAAGCCCGACGACCAACGUCGAAUACCUCAAGAACGUCCUCCUCAAGUACUUUGUCGCGGAGAGCGCCAAGGAGAAGGAGCAGCUCAUUCCUGUGCUCUCGACCAUUCUGCACUUUAGCCCUGCCGAGCUGCGGCAGAUCCAAGACAAGCACGAAGCGCCGACCGUCCUCGGCAGCGUCUUUUCGUACUUUGGCAGCACGAGCUAAGAGUUGUUAACUAGUUAGUAGAGAUGAUGCAUCAACCGA